CACGCCUCGGGCCCCGCCCGCCGCGAGCCCUGACUUUGCAGAGGCCUCACUCGGUGGUGGCCGUCCGGGUGAAUGUGGAGCCUUGUGUCCCGUGCUGUCGGUUUGAGCAGCGGCUUGAGGCGAGGCGUGUUCACCAUGCAGCUGAAGACGGUGGAGUUUGAGUCGCUGUUCACGGAUGGCCUGAAGACUAUCGCAGAUUUGUUCAAUAAAAACAAGUAUGAGUUGAGAAUAGCAGGCGGCGCCGUGAGGGAUUUAUUAAUUGGGAGGCAGCCAGAAGAUAUAGACUUCGCCACCACAGCUACCCCCGACCGUAUGAAAGAACUGUUUCAGGCUGCUGGUAUCCGGUUGAUCAACAAUAAAGGGGAGAAGCAUGGCACCAUCACGGCAAGAGUAAACAAUCAGAACUUUGAGAUUACUACGUUGCGAGUUGAUGUUGCAACAGAUGGAAGGCAUGCUGAUGUACAGUUCACGACAGACUGGCAAGCAGAUGCUCAACGAAGAGACCUGACAAUUAAUGCCAUGUUUUUAGGUCUGGAUGGCACACUGUAUGAUUAUUUUGAUGGUUAUGAGGAUCUGAAAAACCAUCAAGUCCGAUUUGUCGGUGAUCCGUCACAAAGAAUACAGGAAGAUUAUUUGAGAAUAAUGCGGUAUUUCAGGUUUUAUGGCAAGGUUGCCAAGGAAACAGGGGACCAUGACCCGAAGGCACUCAAGUCAAUCAAACUGUAUGCAAAGGGUCUGGCAGGGAUUUCUGGAGAAAGAAUCUGGUUUGAGCUGAAAAAAACUUUAAUUGGAAACCAUGCUGCUCAUCUUGUCAACCUCAUGUAUGAGCUGGAUGUAGCCCAGUAUAUUGGAUUACCAGUAAUUGAAGGCAACCUGGAAGAACUGAACAAAGUGUGCAAAAAUGUGUACCAUCAUUCUCCAAAGCCUAUGACUGUACUUUCAGCACUGUUUCGAAUACAGGAUGAUGUUUUGAGGCUUGACUUGAGACUCAAAAUUUCAAAAGAAGAAAAACAACUUGGUUUAUUCAUUGUUAAGUACCGAAGAGAUUUGAUUAAGGCUGAUGGACCUGAUCCAUUAAAACCUUACAGAGAUUUUAUUAUAGAUUCCAGAGAGCCAGAUGUGCAGAGCAGAAUAUGCGAAUUGUUAAAGUACCAAGGAGAGGAGAAGUUACUGAAAACUAUGGAGCAGUGGUCCAUUCCACGCUUCCCUGUUAGUGGCCAUGAUUUAAGAAGAAUAGGAAUUGUUUCUGGAAAGGAAAUUGGGACAAUGUUGCAGGAACUUCGGAAUACAUGGAAAAAGAGUGGUUACCUGAUGGAUAAGGAAGAACUGUUAAGCAUGGUAAAAAGUCCAUGAGCACAUCUCUCAUUGUUGUGAAACGGAGAGAAAAAACUGUUACAUUGAUAAUAAUUUUGACCCUUAUCAACCUUGGAUUCUUGAUUAUGUAUGUUUAUGGUCUAGUAUUUUAAAUUCAUUGAUUUUUUUUUUCUGUAGCUAAGAUCAUCGUAGUUUACUCACAUAAUGACUAGUUUUAUUUAGCAAAUGAAUUGGAUUUAAAACUGGGUAGAUUUGGAUACAUGUAGAUGACUAGGAGUCAAUUUAGAUUUGGUGACUCUUUCAUCUAAUUGAGCCCUCAAGGUUUGAACAGCUUGUAUAGGUAAAGGUUAGUUUGCUUUGUACUAGAUAAAUGACUGGCUUAAAAGAAACCAGAAGGACAAGAUCUAAAACAUUUCUUCUGUGUUAAAUUUGCAUUCUGAAUCACCCAUUAUCCUGCAGCCUACUGCAUAAUUUGUUUUGUAAUGAAGGAUGUUUAAAGAAAAUUAAAAAUCUGAGCCCAUUGUCAAA